AUGGCUUCCAUCCACUCGCCCAGCAGCGCAGACGGCCCAAAAGAGGAGACAACAGAACCCAAUUCCUACUCCAUCAGUGAAAGUGAGCUGAAAUCGGGCAUCCUUGAACCUGCAGAGCCCUCCGCUCGACAACUUGUGUUCAGACGCUGGGUAAACAGCUUCCGCUUAAAGAGAAAUCGCCCUUCUCGCCAACCGGUGAAGAUUGUUGAAGGCUGGUCCGACGGAUCGCAGGAGGGAAAUCACAGUUCUCCGAAUCUUGCAACAGAGAGCCCGUUGCCCGAGCCUGAAUGGCGUCUCUCCGGUCAAUCUUCCAAUCUGGAGACCGUCAAGACAACGACGAUGAGUAUCACCAGUCGAAGCAUGAUCAUGUCAGGCGGGACAAACCGUAGCACCAACCACAGCGUGAAAUCCGAGUUUCGCGAAUCAAUGGAUAGCUCGACACCUCAACGGAGGUCUAUUGACGUGGAAGCUCAUAGCCGUGCCAUCAACAGGUGUUAUGUCGUUCGAGAGCUGAUCACCACGGAGGCUGAAUAUGUCUUCGGUCUCAAAGCCUUGACCGAUGUUCUGUAUCUCUUCUCCUCCAGAACGGAAAUCCAUUACAACCUUCAAAGUAUUCGUGCAGUACAUGAAAAGUUCCUGGCAAACGUCCGUAAAAUCUCACCUUCGAUCAGUAUAGAUGACAAGGAGAUUCAGCUGCCACACCGAGCAGAGAACCACGACCCGAGUACCACACAGACAUCAUUCAAAGUCCUCAGGUACAAAUCUCUCAGAACCCGUACAUUCGGCUCAACUACCAACCGUCGGUCUCAUCCUCUCACUGUCGAAACUGAGGAAGCUUUGGAAAUUGCGCUCGAAACCCAGAAACUGUCGACGUCUUUCGAGCUCUACGAACAGUUCUACUGCAAUUAUGAUCAGCUUACCGAGGACUUGGAUAUGCUGCGUCAGUUGGUGCCCAAUUGGCCCGUCUUCAACCAAGGAGUCGAGGCUUUGUCGAAAUCAGUUGCCUCAAUAGAGACGAAGGCGUUAACGGAGAACAAAGCGAUGUCUCUCAACGAUAUGAUCAUAAAGUCAGGCUUUGGAGGCAGUUCGCAGUGUUGUGUGUCAAGUCAACAGUGUCUCCGCCAACCCUCUCAUGAAAACUCAUAUCCAAAGAACCAACCUCCUUGGAAAAAUGACCGUCCUACCAAGCCCGGUAAGAGCUACACCCAUAUACAAAGCAUCCCGUCUGAAACACAAACCCUUGUACAGUGUGCUGUCCACGAUAUUUACCGACAACUGGGACCCAUGUGUCUAUGCGGCGUCCUCCAUGUAACCUACCGAUUAUCUGGGCAGAUCACAGGGAAAUACAUGGUUUGCGUUCUUUUCAAAAGCCAUCUCCUACUUGCCAAGCCCGAUUAUGACAAGGCGAAGCUCCGAGGAGUAGCCUGUCUCUAUAUUUGUGACACGAAGAUGGAUACCCUGAGUAAUGGGAGAGGUCUAUGCUGCCAGGGUAGCUUGUUUUCGUGGAAACUGUCUAUCCAAUACCGGGAUGACGACUUCGAGAUCGUUCUGAGUGCUUCAUCAGCAAACGAUGAGAAAAAGUGGCAGACAGAGUUUAUAAGAUCUACUGCACUUACAUUGGAUCUUCCAAAGCCGGUCGCAUUUGAGCUGAAGGGGUACACUUUCUUGAUUCUUGAUCUGACUCCAUUGAACCGUGUCCACAAUCCAGAUGCAUUGUUGCUUCGGACCCCUUCCGUUCAUUCAGCGACGCCUCCUCGGCUUGAUCCCAAUCUGGAAUAUGUCAUCAUCAAAAAGACCCAUUGCCCGAAUCAGCUCAACCGGACGUCGCGCAUUGAUGAGGCGAAACCGCUUUCCUCACCGGCUUAUGUUCUCACAAGUCGACGAAAUGAUCGGAUCCGACUGGAAAAGCUUAUUGCAUGCAUAUAUACGAAGGAGUACUUGAACUACCCGGGCAUGGUUUUGACAAGGAAUGAAAUGUUGUUUGGACCUGGUUCGCUCAUGAGACGACUUAGUCUUCGUCCGGGCCAUAAGCGAAGCAGUUCUUCCGGUCUGCCACUCACAAAGCCGCGCACCGACGACGGACACGGUGUCCAAAGGAGCAAGCUGAAAAAGGGAGAUCCUCCUGAUGGCAAAGGGCGUGAAAUAUCAGAGCGUUAUCCAAAAGACAACCAGGAGACAGGUCAUAGCCAGUGGGAAUUCACCCUGGGAAGUUCCCGUCGAAAGAAGAUUCCUAUACUCGGAAAUUGGGCGGCUUCCAGUCCCAACAUUGCUGCUUUGAAGGUAGAAACCAAGACCGAGUAUCGCUCAGAAAGCCCGUCACCGAAGGCGGCCUUUCUAUCCAUGUUCAGUUCAAUGUCUCUCAGGCUCCCUAAACGCAACAUCCGCGGGGCCUUGCAUAGUGCCGGCUGA